AAAUAACCCUUCAUUUCCCACCCUUUUCUAACCCAUCUCAUUUCUCCCAAAAACAAAAACCCAUAUCGCAAUGUUUGCUUCAUCAUAUUCAUCACUUUCUUUCCACCACUCAACCAUGGCGAUUGACAAACUAGGAAAGUACUUGGUUUCUCUUCUUUCAAUGUUUUCGGUUGUGAAAUGGGCCUGGCAUUUGUUGCUUCGUUACUGUUUGUUCCCUUAUCAAAUACCUGCACCCAUUGGUGGCGAAGAUUUCAAGCUAGGGUGCCGGAAUUACAGCUGCAAGCAAGGCGCGGGUGAUGAUGAAGAAGAAGUUGAAUGUGCUAUAUGUUUAUGUAAGAUCGACGAAGACGAUGAGAUUCCAGAGUUGAGAUGUGACCAUGUUUUCCAUAAAGUUUGCUUGGAUAGAUGGGUCGGAUACCGGCAUUCCACCUGCCCUCUCUGUCGCACUUCUUUAACAGCUCCCCGGCAACUAGUUUCCGGCAUGGAAGUCCUCCUUUUCAAAUAUUGUUGUUUGGAUGAUAGCAGGCAGCGUGAGACCUGGUGGCUGCGAUAGGUUAAAAUAGCUACCGUGAUAUUGCGGCAGUUGAAGUUGUAUUUAUUUAUUGACCGUAAUUGAUUGUAAUACAUUCAUUAUAUGGGACAAGCUCAAUGUAUAUAAAAGGCCAAGGGGUUUGGCAUCCAAAUAUAAUUACUUUACUCAUGGAAGAGCCCUUGACUUUUUAAAGUUUUGAAAUCCAAGAAAGGCCAAUUCCAUACGGAUCCAACAA